AUGGAAAGACUUAAAGAAGAACUGAAGGAAUGGAAGGAAAGAGUUGAAAAAGCUGUAAAAGCAAAAGAUGACCUUCUUCUCUGUAAAAUAAGUGCUGAUGAAGAGUAUGUUAAAGCAGAGCAGGAGCUGAUAAAGCUAAAGGACUUCCAAGAGAAGCAGCGUAAGGACAUUAUUCUGUCUAGGGACACCCAUAAGAGAGAGCUCUACAUACUAAACCAAGAAAACGCUGAGCUGAUGAGAGAGAUUGAAAGGAUCAAAGAAGAGCUCGCAAAAUAUAGUUCAGUGCUUUCGCAGGAGCAUCAGAUUAAGAAAAAGGUAGCAGAAAUGAAAAUGAAGUUAAGUCACAUGGAAGACGUGACGGAUGAUUCUCCAGAAACGAAUAUUCACUGUGUUUUUGGUGUAACUACGAAAAUCCCAUUCAGACUGAAUCAAAACCAGGCACUGCUUACUUUUGAGGAUGAAGAAGUUGCCCAGAGACUGAUAAAAAUGGGUAAGCAUACUGUGAACCUGGACAACAAAAUAGCAGAUGUGAGAGUGAAGCCUUUUACACUUGAAAUGGGAAUCAAAUUUGAGCUCCAUGUCACUAUUUCUGGAAAGAAGAUCAACGUUUCAGAAAUACCUGAGCUAUCCAUUCCUGAAGACUGGAUGAGAGACAAAUUAGAGCUGAAUUUCUACAAAUCUGAACAGGGAGGAGGAGGAGAAGUAGAAAAUGUGACCUACAACAAGCAGUCUAGAACAGCUGUUAUUACGUUCCUCAGACCUGGAGCAGCUAACGGCUUUGUGAGAUGUACUAAAUAUCCUUUCUUUGUGAAUGGAAGGUGCUAUAGGCUUUCUGUGUCCCCAAACACCGACGUACACUUGGAAAAGUUUCAGCUCUAUUGUGGGAUUUCUAAGAAGACCAUUCUGUUGAAAGGAAUUCAAGAGAUGGAAGAUGAUGAAGAAAGUGUACAGGACAUGAUUGAAAUUCAUUUUCAAAAGCCUAGUAAUAGUGGUGGGGAAAUAGAGAAAAUCAAGUAUGUAUCAGAAGGAGGAACAUGGGUUUGUUUUGAGGAGGAUACUUAG